AUGCCGCCCGACAGCGGGACACGUCGCCGCCUCCGCUCAAACCACGCCUGCAUCAACUGCCGCCGCAAGAAGACGCGCUGUCCGGGCGAGAAGCCCGCCUGCUCGUGCUGCGUGCGGUUGAACCAGCAGUGCUCGUAUGCGGCGGCGGGGGGAGUCAGCGGGCCGGAUAAAGACCGACUCGCGGAGCUGGAGGAAAAGGUCAACCAGAUCCUGCGAGGGGCAGCACAACACGAACAACCGCCGCUCGAAGAACACGACUUCAGCAGCACGUCGCACGGCGAAUACGCGAACGAGACGGCCUUUCCCUCGAUAUUCGCCCUCGACGAAGCGAGCCCGCAGGCGUCGUCGCUUGCCGUUGCGAAAGCCAUCGAUCUGUACCUGGAGUGCUGCCACCGACAGCCGGUCUGGUGUCUGAACAUCAAAGAACUCGGCAACAUCGAGUCGCACCCGGAGGAGCUGAUCUACAGUAUCCUUGCGCUGACGAGUCGAUUCACGAGAGAGGCUGAGCAGGGCCAGCGAUAUGCAGAUAGCGCAAAGAGCCUGAUUAUGCUGAAGAUCGCGAACGGGACGGUCGAGCUGGCCACGAUCGAGAGUCUGUGUUUGCUUGCGUAUUCCGCUUUUAUCGAUGGCCACCUCCAGCUCGGUCGGUUCCAUCUAGGCCUGGGCUUCCAGCUCUGCCGCGCCGCCAUGCUCGACACCGACGCCGCCUACACAACCACGCAAGACCGGCACGCCGAGCAGAAGAAGCGCCUGUUCUGGUCCCUCCAGCUCCUCGAGCAGUCCUACGGCCGCCAGACGGGCCUCCUCGCCAUCCCAACCUCCACCUGGCGCCCGCCCUACCUCUCCCCCUCCGACCCCCGAGAAGACACGACCCCGAAACCGCCCCCCGUCCCGCGCGACACAGUCGGCUGCUCCUCCCCCGACGACACCGGCAUCUGGAGCAUGUCCAUCCACUUCGGCUGGGUGUGGGCCAAGGUCCGCGCGUACAUAAGCCACUGCACAAGCAACCGCGUGACGGAGCCCUGGCGCCACGAGUCCCAGUACGCGAUCGUCCUAUCCGACCUAAAUGAAAUCGAGAACUCGACCCCCCUCUGCCACCGCUACGACCACGUGCGCUUCUACGCGCGCACCGCCGACGAGAUAGCGAGCAAUAAAGCCUACUGGGUCCCCUGGGUGAAGCUGCAAUUCAUGUACCACGCCAUCCUGACCGUCCUCAACCACCCAUUCCUGUACAUCAUGGCCUCGCAGCAGAACCCGAACCUCGCGAUCCCGAAUAGUUUCUGGCGCCGCAGCUCGGAACUUGUUCUGCUUCAUGCAACCUGGAUCGUGCGACUCAUCGAUAUGGUCUCCGAGAAGAACUUCCGGCUCACGGACCCGUUCUUCGCGCAUGUCGCUGGCAUCGCCGCGACCGUGCAGCUUUAUUACUGCUGCGCUGAUGAUCCAAGACUCAAGUAUAAGUCCCGCGCCGACUUUGCGAAGUGCUCUGAUUUCCUGCGCGGGUUUAGUGGGUUUUCGCGCGCUUGCGAGGUCUUGAGCCAAAAACUCACAACCCUAACCCGCAUCGCCUCGGGCACCGAAAUCAUCGAUCUAGACGACUGGGUUCCUUCAAAGAUCCACCUGAACAUCCCGCUGAUGUGGGAUAUCCUGCAGUUCAACGUAUCCCCGGACUCCGACUCCAGCGACGAUCGACUUCAAAGCCAGGGCCUCCUGCACCCCUCCCUCUCCCCACCCGCCCUCGCCCAAGGCGCACCCGACAUCUCAAACCUCGAUAUCAUCGUCACCGCCUCGCCGGAGGUAAGCGUCAACACGACGGACGGCGGCCAGGCCGUGCCCAUGCCGCUGUAUCGCAGUCCGACGGCCGUGGCCGAGACGCUGCGGGGCACGAGUCUGCGUGAUACUGGUACUGGUAAGGAGCGGGAGCGGGAGAGUGUGAGUGUGAGUGUGAGUGCCGUGAGGGAUCCGCUCGUUGCGCCGGUUGACAGCCUCAUGCUGAACACGCCGUGGCUGUGGGCGGAUUCGACGUUCGGGGGCAAUAUGGAUGAGGUUGAGUAUCAUGGGCCCGCGGCCACGGCCACGGGCAUGCAGGUUCCGAUAGUCGGGGAUGUGGAGGGGAGUGCGUGGUGGAAUUUGGGAAAUCUAUAG